GCAUUGUGAGGGUGACAUAGUUCGGACCGUGCCGCCCGUAGGAGCUCCCGAAGGCGCCCAUAUUACUCUAGAUCGAUUGUGUGGUGUUUGCCUCUUUACCAUCUUUUCGUCAGUGCGCAAAUUGAAACGUAAAAGAAUGUUCGGAGCGUGGAAAAUAAAGAUUCUGCUUAUUGUGCUGGCGAUCGGUUCUUCAAGCCAUGGGUACCGGAUUUUGGGACUGUUUCCCCAUCCAGGAUUAAGCCAUUUCAAAGUGUUUCACCCCAUAAUGAGGGGCCUGGCGAACGAUGGUCAUCAUGUAACGGUGCUUAGCUAUUUUCCAGAUUCGGACCCCGUACCAAAUUAUCACGACCUUCGCUUCGAAGGGCAGGAGGUUUUGACGAAUGCGUUCAGCUUACAGGAUUUUACUGGCAGAACUUUUAUCGAUAAUUUUCACGAAUUCCACGAACUAGUUGUGUGGGGCAUGGACAGUUGCAAGGCGGCGCUGGAUUCGCCUGCCAUCGAUCAAAUACUCGAAGCGCAUCGAGUGGCCCCAUUCGAUUUGGUCGUGAUGGAGGUUUUCGCUACCGAUUGUAUGGCGGGCAUAGCCUGGCUGUUGCAAGUUCCUUUAGUGGGUUUGAGCAGCUGUGCGAUAAUGCCUUGGCACUACGAUCGUGUCGGAUUGCCCGAUACUCCCUCGUACAUUCCUUCGGAGUUUAGUACAUUUUCGGAGGAGAUGAGCUUCUGGCAAAGGUUUGAAAAUUGGUUAGUAACCAGAGUGGUAAAGCAUUUGUAUCGCAUCGUACAGAUUAGUGACAACAGACUGUUGAAGGAAAAGUUCCCGAAUGCAGCCAUUCCCGACGUUGCUGAGAUCGUGCAGAAUACCUCGCUGAUACUGAUAAAUCAACACUACACCCUCAGCGGUGCUCGGCCGUUAGUUCCUGCGGUGGUAGAGAUCGGUGGAGUACACAUUCAAGGCGAGAAACCUUUGCCAACAAAAUUGCAACAGAUUAUGGACCAAUCAUCCAAUGGGGUGAUAGUUGUGUCCUUUGGAUCCGUGCUAAAGGCUGCUACACUUCCAACGGCAAAGCGAAACGCUAUGCUGGAAGCAUUCGAACGUUUCGAUCAGCAAGUGGUGUGGAAGUGGGAGGAUGAACUCGACAAUCCGCCCAAAAAUCUCUACACACAGAAAUGGCUUCCUCAGCGGGAUGUGUUGUGCCAUAAGAAUGUACGACUUUUUGUGUCGCACGGAGGAUUGCUGGGUGUUUCCGAAGCUGUCCACUGUGGUGUGCCGGUCGUUGUUAUGCCCAUUUACGGCGAUCAGUUUCUCAACGCUGCAGCCUUGGUCAAUCGUGGAGCUGGAGUUCGUAUGGAUUACGAGCAGGUGGACAAUGUAACUUACAUUGCUAGCUGCAUCGGCGAAGGUUUAAGCGACAGAAAACGACGGAUGGCUCAAUCUUUGUCACGUGCUUACAAAACACGACCACAAACACCGCUGGAUUUGGCUCGGUGGUCAAUUAUCAAUGUAAUCGAGAAUGGUGCUAUGGAGUACGAACGUUCCUAUGCACCGAAAUUGCCUUGGUAUAUCUAUUACUCGUUGGAUGUAAUCUUGGUACUUUUGCUUGCUGCAAUUACAAUAGUUUUUGGAGUGUCUUAUGGCUGCCGGAAGCUAUGCUGUGGCAAACAACAUUUGAAAUCAACUAAAUCUAACGCGGCUAAGAAGAAAACUAAAAAACAAUAAAUGUUAUGACUAGAUGAGUCAUAAUAGAUAGCACUUUAA